AUGGAUUCCACGCGUCAGAAACCACCCAAAUUGCAACCUGGACCACAUGACCCAAAACCGGGUCCACUUCGUGCACUACCUGUCAGCUCAUCUGAGCUGGACUACCAAGCAAUCAAGUCCGGGUCAGCACCGGUGACGCUGGUCGGAAUAAGCCGACCGAGACCCACUGCCCUCAGGACUAAAUCCGCUACCAAGAAUGUAGAUUUGAUCCCGGCUUGCAUCCCGGGACCGCAUAGCGCCAACGUCUCGCCUCGGUCCCCGUCUGAGUCCGUGGUGUCUCCUCACAGUCCUCAGGCAUCCCUGAACCCAAACUCUAGUCUGAGUCCCUCACCGCCUGCCAAUACGACACGAGCCAAGGAUGAUAGCAGUGACUUCAGGGUCCACAUCGCCACAUGGAACGUGGGCUCGGCCGUCCCGCCGGAUGACAUCAGCGCGGUGUUCGGACACGACGUGUCAGAUGGGACCGUCGACAUGUUUGUCAUCGGGCUCCAGGAGGUGAACUCCAUGAUCAACAAACGACUGAAGGAUGCUCUUUUCUCAGACCAGUGGAGCGAGCUCUGUAUGGACACGCUCAGUCCCUUCGGAUACGUUCUGGUGGCAUCCCAGCGGAUGCAAGGUGUGCUGCUGCUAGUCUUCUCCAAAUUUGUCCAUCUUCCGUUCCUCCGUGGCGUGCAGACACAGAGCACUCGCACAGGACUCGGCGGGUGUUGGGGCAACAAAGGCGGCGUGAGUGCCAGGAUGACCGUGUUUGGACACCCCGUGUGCUUCCUCAAUUGCCAUCUGCCUGCUCACAUGAGGAACCUGGAGCAGCGGAUGGAGGACUUUGAGAGCAUCCUGCAGCAGCAGCAGUUUGAAGGAGGGGCUGCCACUGGGGUGCUGGAUCACGACGUCGUCUUUUGGUUUGGAGAUUUGAACUUUCGAAUUGAAGAUUAUGAUAUCCAUGUGGUGAAAUGCGCCAUUGAUAGCAAUAAGCUGCCUCUGCUGUGGGAGAGAGAUCAGCUCAACCUGGCUAAAAGCACAGAAUCCAUCCUGGAAGGCUUCACGGAGGGUCCGCUCAAAUUCCCGCCCACGUAUAAGUUUGAUGUGGGCACCCACACCUAUGACACAAGCGCGAAAAAGAGGAAGCCCGCGUGGACCGAUCGCAUCCUGUGGCGCCUCCGUCGCACCGGCUCCCCUGUUCCUACCCACAACGCGGCACUUCAGAGGGGCCUGACCUCAUGGCUGGGUGGCGCAACCAAAGUGACGCAGCACGAAUACAAAAGCCACAUGGGCUUCACCAUCAGUGACCACAAGCCUGUGUCGGCCCUGUUUUCCCUGCAUUUUCCCUUCAGGGUUGACAUGCCUUUGGUGGAGCUGCAGGCCAACAAGGAAUGGCUGAAAGUCUCCGAUGCAACAGUAAAGUUCACGUUUGCUUCCAAUUAUCAUCGCAGCUCAUGGGAUUGGGUAGCCAUAUACAAGGUGGGAUUUAGGCACCAUAAAGAUUACCAAGCAUAUGUGUGGGCCAAAGGGGAGCACGCUGGGCAGGUGUCAUUUUCAGAGGAGGACUUACCAAGAGAUGAUUGUGAAUACAUCCUGGGUUUCUACAGUAAUAAUAUGAACAGUAUUGUUGGAUUGUCAACAAACAUUCAGAUUAAGCUUCCGAUCCACAGCCCGUCGGCACACCGUUCCGACAGCUCCGAGGUGAGCUCGGAAGACGACAGCACCGUGGUCCUGUUAGCGCCCAACUCCCGCAGCCCCAGCCCGAAACCUAUUAAGCAUCAUCACUGCCGUCGCAGCCGCAGCCCCGCCGUGGCGUCCAACUCCCUCCCGUCCCUGCAAGGGCUCAGCUUGUGCCCCCUUCCCAAAGAGACGGGCAGCCGCUCACCCGGCUGUAAAAAAGAACGACUGUUCUCCACCGGCUCGCAGUCGUCUCCGGCCAUCAGCCCGCUCAGUCCCCGGAGCCCCGUGUCCCCGGGCGGAGGGGUUACGGCACCGGAAGCCCUGAUCGUUGCCAUUUUAGGGGAGCACAGGCCUGCUCAGGUUAGCCCCACGGGGCUCAAACAUCUCGGAAGCAACACUUCAUAG